CGGGAAAUCUCGCGAUACUUCGACUUUUAUUAGAGAGUUGAUGCAAGAUGGCGCCUGUUGUGACGGGGAAAUUCGGGGAGCUUCCUCAGCCAAAGCGCCUUACCAGAGAGGCGAUGCGUAACUAUUUGAAGGAGCGAGGAGAUCAGACGGUGCUCAUACUGCAUGCAAAAGUUGCACAGAAAUCGUACGGCAAUGAAAAAAGGUUCUUCUGCCCACCGCCGUGUGUGUACCUGAUGGGCUGCGGCUGGAAGAAGAAGAAGGAGCAGAUGGAGAGAGAGGGCUGCACCGAGCAGGAGGCGCAACCCUGUGCUUUCAUCGGCAUCGGAAACAGCGAGCAGGAAAUGCAGCAGCUCAACCUGGAGGGCAAGAACUUCUGCACAGCCAAAACCUUGUACAUAUCCGAUUCUGACAAGAGGAAGCACUUCAUGCUGACGGUCAAGAUGUUCUACGGGAACAGCGCGGAAAUCGGCGUCUUCCUCAGCAAACGCAUCAAAGUCAUAUCCAAACCUUCCAAGAAGAAACAGUCCCUGAAGAACGCAGACCUGUGUAUAGCGUCGGGCACUAAAGUGGCUCUGUUUAAUCGGUUACGCUCUCAGACAGUCAGCACUCGAUACCUCCAUGUCGAGGGAGGAAACUUUCACGCCAGCUCUCAGCAGUGGGGGGCCUUUUAUAUUCACUUGUUAGAUGAUGAUGAGUCGGAGGGGGAGGAGUUUACUGUGAGAGACGGAUACAUUCACUACGGUCAGACUGUUAAACUGGUGUGUUCUGUCACGGGCAUGGCUUUACCGCGUCUGGUAAUCCGCAAGGUUGAUAAGCAGACUGCCCUGAUGGAUGCAGAUGAUCCUGUAUCUCAGCUCCACAAGUGUGCGUUUUACUUGAAGGACACAGAGCGCAUGUACCUGUGUCUCUCUCAGGAACGCAUCAUCCAGUUCCAGGCGACGCCGUGCCCCAAAGAGACAAACAAAGAGAUGAUUAACGACGGCGCAUCGUGGACAAUCAUCAGCACGGAUAAAGCGGAGUACACGUUCUACGAGGGCAUGGGUCCUGUCACACACCCUGUUACACCUGUACCUGUGGUGGAGAGUUUACAGCUAAACGGAGGUGGUGAUGUGGCCAUGCUGGAGCUGACUGGACAGAACUUUACUCCAAAUCUCAGAGUGUGGUUCGGGGACGUGGAGGCAGACACCAUGUACAGAUGUGGUGAGACCGUUCUUUGCGUGGUUCCUGACAUCUCGGCGUUCCGUGAGGGGUGGCGCUGGGUCCGGCAACCCGUCCAGGUUCCAGUCACUCUGGUGCGCAACGACGGCAUCAUCUACUCCACGGCGCUCACCUUCACCUACACACCUGAGCCAGGGCCACGCCCACACUGCAGUGCCGCAGGAGCCAUCCUGCGCUCAGGCUCCGCCUCCUCGCCGUCGUCUUCCUCAUCCUCCUCUAUGUCUUCAUCAUCGUCAUCGAGCCUUUUGCUACAGUCGAGGAUCGACAGUCAGACCGGAUUUCCGACAACCGCUGGUGUUUCUUCAUCAUCCUCUUCCUCCGCCAUGUCCGUGUCCUAACCUGUGUGUGUGUGUGUGUGUGUGUGUGUGUGUGUGUGUGGGGGGAGCUGGAGGGUAAAAUAAAUUCUCGGAAUUCACCAAAAAAACCAGGACAACGAUGUUGUGGAACGGAUGAAUUUCUGAGCGGGACCUCCGUCUCUUUUCUCCAUUUUUUUCCUCUUUCAUGGAAAAUAAGACUAAUCAUGGCUUUGCCAAACUGUAAAAAAGCGCAGGUGAAGUAAAAAACACGUCUGUUUUUCUCCGUCUGAAGGGCUCCGAUGCGUCGACAUGGAGGAAAAACACAGUAAUAUAGAUUUCAUGGACCAAGGAAUAUUAUUAUUAUUAUUAUUGUAAUUUUUUUAUUGAUGUAUAAUUUUAUAAGCUUUAGCUAAGGUACAUUUUUCACUUUUUUUUCUCGGUUUUAUAACAUUUUAGUAACCUUUUGUUACCAAAUAGUUUUUGUAUAUUUCUCGUGAGCAAUUUGUGCUUGGAAGUAAAAAAAAAAAAAAAAAAAGCAAAAAAAAAAAAAAAAAGGAAGAGCAGUUCAGACGUUUUUUAAAUCGCCUGAGCUCUUCAUCAUAGCUGCCUUUUAAUCCUCUCCGGCGACUGCCUUAAACCCUCCGGACUUGUACCAGCGGUUUUAUUUUAUCAUUACAUGUAUUUUUGUCCAAUUUUUUUUCUUUUUUUUUCUUUUUUUUUUUUACUGAAGUGUAAAUGUGUGUGCGUGAUUGGGAGAACGUGGCUUUACUUUUAAAAUUUUUUAUUUUAUAUACACAGAAGCUUUAACUGAUUGUCCCGCCAUUGAGGGAUCUUCUCUUAAUAGGGAAUAUAAAUUAGCCCAGUUGUUUUUA